UAUGUGAGUCAAAACUUAGGCAGCCUCUCAGCUGCAGAAAAAAGAGCCAUCCAUUUGUCAUGGGAGGGGUGUAGUAGUCCCGCACCGAGCAACUAUCCGUGUCCUCGGCACAGCUAACAAAAGCCUAGAAAUACACACGAAAACAUGCCGUUCGUGGCAAUAGUAGUUGCAAUCCUUCCUCCCGUCUUUUCUUCAUCUCGUAUCCCGCCGUCAAGAUUUUCGCCUUGCUCACUACGUCUGUCCCAUUCCUUACGUUGCGCCGUAGACCCCAUGGAAAAGAUUCAGCUUCCUGUCCUGCCAGACGACGGAGAAAAAAAAGUGUCGAAAUGGGCAUGUGUUUUUCGUAAAGACGUGCAUUUUCUUUUUUGCAGCUCCUCCAAAGAAAACAACAACAGUAAAACGCAGUUCAUCUGAAGACAUUCCCGAAAAAGCGCUGACCAGAACCCGAGGAUCCCCCCCCAACCCCUUUCCUAUUCCCAUUGUCCGUCGCUGCCCAAACGCCAAAGUCAA